AUGACAAAGGGUCCAUUCAACGCGCGUGUUUCCUUUCUGUUCCAGCUUUCAGAGGACAUCGGCUACGUCCUUUAUUCCGCCCUCGGCAGCUUCUACAUACCAUCGUGCAUCAUGGUGUUCGUGUACAUACGCAUAUACUUCGCGGCGAAGGCACGGGCGCGUCGCGGCAUCAGGAAACAGCCGCGGCGACGGCCGCCUGUGCAACCGGAAUCGCCGGACGUCAGACAGACCAGCUUCACCCACAGCACACCGGCGAUCGAGACGAAGAAACCGGCCAGCUCGGUUAUGGAGAACGUCGCCACCAUCGAGAACCAGCCCGUUCAGAUACCAAUCGUCACUUGCGACUUCGCCAGUGACGUCAGCACGUCCGAGGCCGAUCCUGGCGGAGGGAACAGCAUACCAAUGGAAGAGAAGGAUACAUUGAAGGUGGCGGUUCCCAUGCCCAUGCAGAAGACUUCCCUGAAGGCGACCCUCUCGGUGAACGGUGACGGUCAAUCGAGCGUGCCGUCCCGUUGCCGUGCGCCCAGCGUCGGGAUCGACGUCGACAUGGUCUCCGAGUUCGAUCCAUCCUCAUCGGACAGCGGCGUGGUGUCCAGAUGCGCUGUGGUGAAGCCGUUGAAGUUGCGUCUCUGCCAGCCGAUCUUCGGUCGUCGUCACUUGGGCAAACUACGAAAAGAGCACGGCGACGUUGGUCGUCCGUCGUCGAAAGAAGAGGCAGCGAUCGAGGCGAAAUCGUCGAAGUCACGUGACCCGGAGAGAGAGAAGAGGAGACUGGCGCGAAAGAAGGAGAAACGAGCAACUUUGAUCCUCGGUUUCAUAAUGGGCAGCUUCAUCGCCUGUUGGCUACCAUUCUUCGUCCUCUACAUCGUGAAACCGUUGUUCCCCGACGUGGACAUACCCACUCAGGCAUUCGUUAUCGCCUUCUGGCUGGGCUACAUGAACUCCGCUCUGAACCCGUUCAUCUACACCGUUUUCAACAAGGACUUUCGACGCGCGUUCCGUAGGAUACUGUUCAAAUGA